AUGAACGCCAAUAAUAUCUAUGUAUAUAUACAUACAUAACAAAACUCCUAUUUUAGCCAUCAUUCGAAAUGGACAGUGAAUAACGUCAAUACAUCAAACUCAAAUUUGUCAUCCUAGAAAAAGAUUGGCCUUAUCCAAAUUUCGAAAUUGUUGUAGCUUACAAUGAUCCCCUCAUGUUCAUCAAUAAGGAAUUGCAAGAUAGGCAUGGAGGCAUUACUGAUAUCAGAUUAUAUUUGGAUGCUGAAAAGCAAAAUCAGUAAGUUAUUAAUUACAUUAGAUUACAAUAUAUAUUCAAUAAGAAAAUUGGAGACGCCCUAUCAAUCAAAGGAUCAAAUUCAUAAGACACAGCACCCAUUGUUACUAUAUAUUACGAUUUUAAAAAUGCCAUCAAAUCACCCGUACAAUUGUUUUGAUCAUUUAUAAAAUAUAAUAAGC